GCAGAGGUGUUGGCGUUGGAUGAGGGCGCAUGGAGCAGCCAGUGUGGGUACAGUAGGAGGGCUCUGUGAUGCUGAAGAGAGGCUAUCAUAUCCCAGAAUACAAAUCAUCAUCACCAUCAUCUGAACUAGAAGAAAAACUGCUUUACAAACCUCUUCCGCACAAGCUCCUCCUUUAAACCUCCUGUCUCAAACUUGAAGAUUAGCGGUGCCAGUUUAGCAGCAGCGGUGCCUCGUUUUCUUCUUGUGAACCGGUGACUCAUUCAGAAAUAUUAAAAAGAAAAUGCGGUUUAUCUUUAAUGGUGGACACAGCUGGGGCCACUGUCCAAGCACAGAGAUUUUGUUGAACAUUUGCUUUUAUCAAAUGGUGUAAUGGUCGUCAACAAUACUCCAAAAACAAAAGCAGCAACACCUCUGGACAACCACAUGGACUCGCUUGAACAUCCGAUGUUACAAUCUCAAGGCAAAGGAGCUCGAAGAAAAGGUCGAUUUAAAGGUUCAGAUGGCAGCACCUCCUCCGACACCACAACCAACAGCCUUGUUCGCCAGGGUUCGGCCGACUCCUACACCAGCCGUCCAUCAGACUCCGAUGUGUCCCUUGAGGAGGAUAAGGAGGCAGUGCGCAGAGAGGCAGAGCGACAGGCUCAGGCACAGCUCGACAAGGCCAAGACCAAACCAGUUGCAUUUGCUGUCCGCACAAAUGUCAACUACAGCCCGUGUCACGAUGAUGAUGUCCCCGUGCCGGGCAUGGCCAUCUCCUUUGAGGCUAAAGACUUCCUCCAUGUCAAAGAGAAAUUCAACAACGACUGGUGGAUAGGACGCCUGGUGAAGGAAGGCUGUGAAAUCGGUUUCAUCCCCAGUCCAGUGAAGCUUGAAAACACUCGUAUCCUCCAGGAGCAGAGAGCCAAACAGGGCAAGUUCCACUCCAGUAAAUUGGGAGCAAACUCAUCCUCUAGUUUAGGUGAAGUGGUUCCUAACUCACGGAAAUCUACUCCUCCUUCUUCUGCUAAGCAGAAGCAGAAGUCGGCGGAACACAUUCCUCCGUACGACGUUGUGCCUUCUAUGCGGCCCGUGGUUCUGGUGGGACCGUCACUGAAGGGCUACGAGGUGACAGACAUGAUGCAAAAAGCACUGUUUGACUUUUUGAAACACAGAUUCGAGGGAAGAAUAUCAAUCACUCGCGUCACAGCGGACAUCUCUCUGGCCAAACGCUCAGUCCUUAACAAUCCCAGCAAGCACGCCAUCAUUGAACGCUCCAACACGCGCUCAAACUUGGCUGAAGUCCAGAGUGAGAUUGAGCGGAUUUUCGAACUGGCCCGGACGUUACAGCUGGUCGUACUGGACGCCGACACCAUCAAUCACCCGUCACAGCUAGGGAAGACUUCCCUCGCCCCCAUCAUUGUCUACGUCAAGAUCACGUCUCCCAAGGUGCUGCAGAGGCUCAUCAAGUCCAGAGGCAAGUCUCAGGCCAAACACCUCAAUGUCCAGAUGGUGGCCGCUGACAAGCUGGCUCAGUGCCCUCCUGAGAUGUUUGACAUCAUCCUCGAUGAGAACCAGCUGGAGGAUGCAUGUGAGCAUAUGGCUGAUUACCUGGAGGCCUACUGGAAAAGCACUCACCCACCAGCUGCAACCCCCCCCAACCCAAUGCUAACGAAGCUGCCCACUGCCACCCUGCCCUCCAGCCCCGCCCCAGUCUCCGGCGUGCAGGGCAACAGUGCUGAGCCGAAAGGAGAUAAAGCAUUAGUGGAGAGAAAGGGCUCCAAAGAGGAUCACCAGCACCAUCAUCACCAUCACCACCACCACCACCAGGACCAGGCUGACGCCGAUGCAGAGGCUGAGGGGGAGGGCAAUGAGGAGGAGAGGCCACUGAGGACAGAGGCUUCCAGGAAAGCCCAGCACAUCCACCACCGUUCGUCUUCCACCAGGACUGAGCACCACAACCACCAUCACCACCACCACAGCGGUCGGGGCCGGGGUCUCUCCCGGCAGGAGACUUUGGACUCGGAGACCCCCGAGAGCAGAGAGAGCCGAGAGAGCCGAGAGAGCAAGGACUCUGCUUAUAUCGAGCCACGCACUCAGCUCCUCCACCGGGAAGAGGAUGAUGAUGAGGAGGAGGAGGAGGAGGAGGAGGAGGAAGAGGAAGAGGAGGAAGAUCUAGGGGAGGGGCACCCCCAGCAGCAACAGCGUUACGAGCCACUGCCCCACCGGGACCACAACCACCAUCACCACCACCAUCACCGCGGUGGGGCAGAGGAGGCCGGCCACAGCACGGGACACCACCGCUCAAAGGAGCGCGAACAGGACCAUAACGAACGAAACAAGCAGCGCUCGCACCAUCACCGGCCGGCACGAGACCACCACCACCACUACUACGACCGGGACAGGGACAGGGACCGAGAGGGGGAGGUGGCUCCCAAAAAGAGAGGAGAUCAGGGGGAAUGGGCCAGAGACUCCUACAUCCACCAGUGACGGACCAAAUCCCUCCUGAAGCUCAUUUGGACUCUUAACCAUUCUGUUCUCCCAUUGUGCUGCUAUACCCUGAAACCACGGCAUCCUAUUUAUGUACACUUCUUUGUAAAAGCUGUUGCAUCUUUUUCAAUGGCAGGAUUUUGAUUACAUAGAUACAAAUAUAAAUAUAUGUAUGUGUGUAUCUAUGCAUAGACGUUGUUUAUGUGUGGAUAUGCAUGAAUAUUCUCAAAUAUGCAUAUUUUAAACCUGUGUUUGAUAAAGCAUGACACAAAAGCAGAAUUAUUUUUCUGUACUGAGCUGUGCUUUCUGUGAUUUAGCAUCUUUUUUUUUUUUUUUUUGCUUGCUACCAAUUGAAUAAUUUGUUUAUUCAGACUACUGCUAGGGUUGACUGCAAUGGUUGACUAACCAAGUUAGUUUGAUGCUGUAUUUCCAGAGGUAUUUUGUUUAAAAGAAUAGUUUGUCAAUUUGGGAAAAACAUUUAGUUGCCGUCUUGCUGAGAGUACCAGUUUAUUAGGUACACCUAGCUAAAGCUAAUGCAGUCUAAUACAACAGUCCUGCAAUUAAUAUUACCUUCAUGAAGGUUAUAAUGUUCAGUUUUUGUUGAAACUGAAUUUCAUGAUCUUUUGGAGGCUGCGGUGUUUGGUGCUGUUGGAUUGUAUUGUGUAUCGCUAUACUGGCAGGUGUUUCUAUUAUUUUGUCAACCCCAUUUAUAUCAAUGAGGUUAGUCUUAAGAGCAGGACUGUAUUAGACUACAUUAGUUUUAGCUACCUAAUUAACUGCCAACUGGGUCUAAAUGAGAAGAUCAAUAGCACUCAAAUUAUUAAGCUACAGCUAGCAGCCGGUUAGCUUAGCUUCGCUGUAAACAGGAAGACAGCUAGUCAUUCUCUGUAUCAAGGUAACAAAAAAACUCUAAAGCUCACUAAUUCACAUUUUGUAUCUCUUUGUUUAGUUUGUAUAAAUAACUAAAUCUAAAAACAUCAGGUUGUUUUAACUUUAGCUAACUUGCUGUAAGCUAACCUGCUGUAAGCUAACCUGCUGUAAGCUAACCUGCUGUAAGCUAACUUGCUGUAAGCUAACCUGCUGUAAGCUAACUUGCUGUAAGCUAACCUGCUGUAAGCUAACCUGCUGUAAGCUAACUUGCUGUAAGCUAACCUGCUGUAAGCUAACUGCUGUAAGCUAACCUGCUGUAAGCUAACCUGCUGUAAGCUAACUUGCUGUAAGCUAACCGGCUGCUAUCGCUAGCUGCAGGUUCAUACGUAACAGACAGAUACAAAAGGGGUAUUGAUGUUGUCAUCUAAUUUUCAGCAAGGAAGCUAGUAAGCGUAUUCCCUAAAGUGUCAGGCUACGCUCUUAAUUUUAUGUUUGUCAUUUAUUGCUUAGUUCCUUUUUCAAAAUUCUGCAACCAUGGUUUUAGACAUUUGGUUCUGACAUAUUUAAGCCUCCCUUGAGGUGCACCUUAGUCUUGCCUUACAAGACAAACAAAUUCUACAACUUCCUCUCGUAGAUGCAGUACUGUUCUCUUUGUAUGGGUCCAGAAACAUUUUAUAACAUUGAUACACCCUUUAUUCUGCACUUUUACUGAUUCAUGUUGGUUUCAAGUGAAAUUUGAUAUGACAUUGCAACUUUGCUGUUGGUCUACUACCAAAACUCCUUCAAGGUUCAUCUUUUAUUAAGUCUGACCCCCUUUUUCUAAUGAAUGUUGUUUAAUUCCCACCUCAGAGUAUAAAGAAUGUUCAUUUUAGGAUAUCUUCUUCAGUACGUUCCUCACUAAAAAAAAAAUUAAAAGAUGCAUUUGCAACUCAAACUAUUCAAACAUGUUUACCAGACAAAGAUUGUUUUGUCUUUUACCAUUAAUUCACUCCCCCUACUCACAUGAUCUAUCUAUCUGAAUUGAGCUGGCGCCAUGCCCCUCUGUUUACAAACCCGUCCUUCACUUUCUUUGAUUUUGCCUGAAAAUUGUAAUUAUAAAAAAACACCCCAUUUCUAUGCUACGUUGGUAGCACUACAGAUUUUCUAACCGUGUACAUGUGUAUGUACAUAAUGCAUAAAUAUAAAGAAUAAAGUUGGCAACAGAGGACUGACGAGGGGA